GCCUUUGUAGUCGGUGAGGAAUGCGGAAAUGUCCCCGCUCCGUGUCAAACCUCUCUGAAGGGGGUCAGGCCACAUUCAGCCGGCGUGGGAAAGCCAGGCGGGGACGGAGCUCACACGGCCGAGCGGGGCUGCUGGUGCAUGGGCCUGUUUGGGGGAUAUAUGGAAGAAAAAAGAAAGGGGGACUCGAAAGAGGAGCGUGGCUUUGGAGGGCUUGUAUCACGCGUUUGCCUUUGUCCUGCGUUCCCCCACUCCCCCCUAGUUGUAGCCAGUGUGCGUGUGUGUAUAGUUUUCGAACAACCCUCCCCCUCCCCCCCCCCCCCCCCCCCGCUUGAGUGUGCUACCCUGGGCUGGUGCAGUUUGAGGGAUGGGGGGUUAGAGCAUGCACCGUCCAACAACUACCUGUGUGGCCCCCGCAUGGAGGACAGUGGACUGGGAUGUAUUUGAUCGACCAGUUUUUUUUUUUGUUUUUUUUUUAGUGCCUCCUCACUUUAUCGGACAUGCCGACGUUGCGACAUAUUGUUGACAACAUAAAUCGAGGCAUUGCACGUGCCCACUUUUUCCUGUGAAUAUGACUUGGUGAGAAAGUCUGGCUCGUCAGCUUCCCUGGGAAUCCCCGCACUGUUUUCAACAAGAGACGAGGAGGAGAAAUAAGCAAAAAUGGACAAAGAAGCGAUUGGUACGCAGUAUGAGCCCGUGGCCGAGAUUGGAGAAGGCGCAUAUGGAAAAGUGUACAAGGCCAGAGAUCUGAAGAACGGAGGACGGUUCGUAGCCCUAAAACGAGUUCGUGUCCAGACGGAGGAGGAGGGGAUGCCUCUCUCAACCAUCCGGGAGGUGGCGGUACUGAGGCAGCUUGAAGCCUUUGAGCAUCCCAAUGUUGUCAGGCUCUUUGACGUGUGUACAGUUUCUCGGACUAACCGUGAAACCAAACUCACCCUGGUCUUUGAGCAUGUGGAUCAAGACCUGACCACCUACCUAGACAAAGCCCCUGACCCCGGUGUACCGCCAGAAACCAUCAAGGAUAUGAUGUAUCAACUGCUCCAGGGGUUGGACUUCCUGCACUCACACCGUGUAGUUCACCGUGACCUAAAACCCCAGAAUAUCCUAGUCACCAGCGGAGGACAGAUUAAACUAGCCGACUUCGGUCUCGCCCGCAUCUACAGCUUCCAGAUGGCGCUCACCUCUGUGGUGGUGACACUGUGGUACCGAGCCCCAGAGGUGCUCCUGCAGUCUAGUUACGCCACCCCGGUGGACCUGUGGAGCGUCGGCUGCAUCUUUGCUGAGAUGUUCAGGAGAAGACCUCUAUUUCGCGGUAACUCAGAUGUUGAUCAGCUGGGGAAAAUUUUUGAUGUUGUUGGUGUACCUUCACCAGAAGACUGGCCCCAGGAGGUGGCCCUACCACAGAGUGCCUUCACCCCACAGCCUGCUAAGCCAAUAGAAGACUUGGUUCCUGACAUAGACGAGCAAGGGCGGGCUCUCUUAUUGCAAUUCCUCGCCUUCAACCCCUCCAGGAGGAUAUCUGCAUUUGCUGCACUUACCCACCCUUAUUUCCAAAGUGUGGACAGCCUCAGUAGAAGUGUGUAUGCAGCGCAGCCUAUCCCCAGCAACAAGCCCACUAUUGAAGAGAGGACUGCCUGAGAGUCCUCGUUGUCCCUCACCAUGUCCGUAAAACGUAUUCACCCAGCCGCUCGUCGAUCUUGAUCAUGCUUGAUUGUUCCAUCCAACUACUUUAAACUAUGACUCCUAGCACAGUGACAUUAGCCUUAAAGUGGAUUAAUUUGAAGUAUAAAACACAAAAUAAUUCAAGACAAGUAUUCAUCUCUUCAGUAUAUUUUAGAAGCGGUCUACAUAGUCUGUGCUAUUACAUCUGGAUGAAAUUCCAAUUUGAUGAGUCUGGAAUAUGUUUUGGCAUAUCUAUCGAUUCAUUACUGUUAACUUCAGCCAUGACUUAAAGUUAGCAAACUGGGUUUUACCUUAAUGAGUCCUAUGUUUUAGGUGUUGUUUUCUUGUAUACACCUUAAAUUUUAGAUCCUGCAGAUACAGUACGUGUAUAAAUAACCUAUGUUCACGAAUCACACAAAAGUGAUAGCCAUCUGAAUAUUUAGUUAUCAGGAAAUGGGGAGGAAUCCUUGUGUGAUUUUGUGUUUUAUAUGUACCUUUUCUGUUCACCGUUUAAACUUAAUCCACUGUGAUUUAUUGUGGUAUCAGAACAAAACAUGAACGAUGAGGUGGUGGGUAUACUUAAACCCUUCUUGGAGCGUACUCAGAAGGAGGUAAUGCUAGGAAUGAGGACACCCUGCCCUGGAAAUGCACAAAAGCUAUCCUCCUUACAUGAACUGAUGGAUUGAAUUUGCUGCUUUUAGGUUCUAAAAUGUUGAUGAAUGACUACGUUAUCAAUGCAAAGACACUUCUAUGACUAGGACUAAUCAGUGAACGAACUGUAGACUCCAUACAGCGCCUACUGUUUGACUAGUGUUGAGUCCCCUUCGGAGUCUUCUCGAUCGGAGGGGGGCAUGAUUGCUAAAAUUGAUCUUUCUUCUACUUUUUGGACUUGUGAAGCCCAAGCAUGGUUGCAUUUACGAACACGUCAAGUGUGCACUGAUGCUCCUGUAGACACCAAACAAAUGAGUUAUGAUUUACUGCCACUUACUGCCGCUAUUAUUGCAGGCCUUGCAAACGUUUUACUGCCAUCCAGAGGAUGCCCCGAGCAACUGCAGACCAGUAGCAGGAUUCUAAUGGUCUUUGCAACUUUGGGGUCAAGCACACUUAAAGGCAUUUAUCAUAAUCAUCAUCAUGGGCUUAUACUGGUGCUGCGGCAACGAUGAAAAAGAAAAAAGUUCUUGCCACUCCCUUGAUGUUUCUGACAUGCUGAUAGUUAGUCAUCAAGGUCUUGUAUAACCUUUUAAAGUUUAUUAUUAUUUUUUUUUUUAUAUCCAAGUGACACAGUCAUGCACAUGCUUGCAAUAGGUGGCCUUAGUCCCAUGAUUUAUCCGUACAUUUGGCAUAGAAUUACGCUACCAAUAUUCUGUAUUUAAUUUUAAUUUUAUUGCGGAGUCUUAUAUGCAUGUUUUCAUCAAGUUGUGUACUUGAUUUUUAAGAUGCCGGGGCAUAAAAUAUUCUUACACCAGCUCUAUAGAGGAUUACUGAACCUGUGUAAUGAUAGAUUGACAAUGUAAGGAAUGUAUAAAAGGCUCAAUGACUGUAUUGUACUGUUUUUAGUGCAGCAGUAAUUAUAGAAAAUGUUUGAUAUUUGCAUUGUCAGCCCAUAGAAAUGUCACAAAAGCAGAUCAGGUAGCAUAGUGAGGGUCAAUGGAAUGUUGUAUGGCAAGAGUAUUUUGUCUGUCGAAAAUGUCUGGCGGGUUUUGCGGGUGCAUGUUGAAUUUCCUUCAGCUUGAGAGUGGCUGCAAAUUUGUGUGUGUGUGUGUUUUUUUUUUUUUUAAUGCACAAAUAUCUUAAACAUUUUGCCAUUAUUUGUGUCCUGAAAUUUUUUUUUUUUUUUUUUUUUGGCCAAGAAGGAAAAAGCAAGUUGCAGAGAGGUGUUUUUUUAAAUUUGUAUUUUUGUAAAAAAAAAUUAUAAAUAUAUUUCCCAAAAAACAGUAACAUACUUUUAACACUGGUGUAUCCUCUCUUAACUGGUCGUGCUGCUAGCAGACACACACACACAUACGCACACAGACACACAAACUCAUUCUUUCUCAGGUUUUUGGUAUAGGUGUACAAACCUUUCGCACAGUUUGCACAUCCUCUGGCUACUAACUAACCACAUUACAACUCCUUCAGGUUCUCUCUUAAGCUGUCCAGUGAUCGUGCCAUUGAUCAUGUCCUACUGUCAAUCCUAUUUAUCACGUGUGUUACUGUAGUCAUUAAUGUCUGAAUACAACUGUCUGUAUGAACUGUUUUGUCACAAAAGCAACCUUUUAUUGCUCAUUUGUGAACAUAAUCCACAAGUCAUCAGUUUGACUAAGCACUGUGUGAACAUUCUGUUUGGAAAUGACAUAUCUGAUGUCGGUGACAUACAAUGCAAUGAAAGCUCAAAAUAUUUUUCAUUCAUAGAAGUUCUGGUAAUGACUGCUUUAGUCUUUUAAACUUGAUACAAUCACUGUAUAUUUUUUCUUAGCCAGUAACAGUAUCACAUUUCAAACAUGAGUAAAACUGAAUUCCGCAGUUGAGCUUUUAGAGGUUUCGGUGUUUUGAAACUUAAAGCUUGAUCCAUCUUGUAACUCAAGUCACACAGAUGUUCCUUCGUCAUAUUUUUAGCACAUCAGAUUGGGACUUGGAACAAAAGAAUCAUGGUAUUAUUGUAUGAAUUGAAGAAUUGGUGUUGUAGUAUUGCUUACACCAGCUGAAUAAAAAAAAAACGCUUUUUUCUGAAA